AUGUUGAAAUGCAGCACUGCAUAGAGAGGACACUUUACAGUGGUCAUGCUUCAUAUAAGGUGUCCUUGUCGACGGGAUUUCUGGAUAUAUGGGAGCCAGCUACUUUAGGAAUCAAGAGAGAUAGUUAUAGCAUCAAGUGCAGUGGGCCUAGUGGUGUAGUGGUUUCUGAGAAAUUUUCGUCAUCAACAAUUGUCUCUAUUCCGUAUGGUAGUCCAACAGAAUUCUCAAUAAUUGAUGGUCAGGGAAUUGAGCGCCUCUUGAGGUCAGAAAACAGUUCAAACGAUAUAAGCAGUUCAAGGGAUACCAUUGUCCUCAUCCUGAGAUUAUUUGUCAUAAGGGCUAUUGAAAGGAAGAAAGGUAAAAAGAGAGGUCUCUUCUUCAAGUAAAGGAGUAUUGUUCCUCCGUUGGGGCAGAUGUGUGAUAGAGCAUUCUAAAUUAUUGGUUGGAGAGAUGGUGAUAUAGCAAAUUGUAAUCGUAUAUAGCAUCUUUGAGCUAGACUUUGUAGUUUAAUUUCACAACUUUUGGAAUACUUCUGGGUCUAUGUAUAAAGCCUAUCAAAUUUUGGCCCAUGGGUCUACUCUUCAAGAUUUCAUUGUUCUCCUUAGAAAGAAGAUGCCUUUCCCUCUCUGGCAAAGUAGAUUGACAAAUUCUGCACCAUUCGCCAUAAAAAAGGCAUAUUGUACUUAAACUAAAAUGACUUGGACAUCAA